GCCCUAGCUGGCGUCUGGAUAGGGAAAGGCCAGCAGGAUGCCGAACAACCAGAUUUCCAGCAUCCGCAAGUAUAGGAAGAAGUGGCAGGACAAGGUGGUGACAUGGUUCAACCAGCCAGCCCGCAAGGAGCGCCGGAGGGCGGCUCGCGCUGAGAAGGCCACCCGCGUGGCGCCUCGCCCCGUGGCCGGCCUGCUGCGCCCCGUGGUGUCUGGCCAGACCGUCAAGUACAACACCAAGAAGCGCGCCGGCCGCGGCUUCACGCUGGAGGAGCUCAAGGAGGCGGGCAUCCCCGCCAAGCUGGCGCCCACCAUCGGCAUCGCCGUGGACCACCGCCGCACCAACCGCAGCCUCGAGUCCCUGCAGGAGAACGCCAACCGGCUCAAGGCCUACAAGGCCAACCUGGUGGUGUUCCCGCGCCGCGCCGGCAAGCCCAAGGCGGGCGACGCCAGCGCCGCAGAGCUGGGCACCGCGCAGCAGCUGAAGGGCGCGCUGCUGCCCUUCGUGCCCACGGCGGCAGCUGUGGAGAAGGUGGCGGUGACCGCCGACAUGAAGAAGGAGAGCGCGUACGGCGUGCUGCGCCUGGAGCGCAUGAACAAGCGCAUGGCGGGCGUGCGCGCCAAGCGCGCUGCCGAGGCAGCCGCGGCGGAGAAGGAUGCGUAGAGUGGGUCAGCCCGGGGCUCCGCGGUUGCCGGUAGCGCCGGCCCUGGGGCGGCCGC